AUGUUUAAGUUUCUGUAUCUGGUCCUACUUGCCUCGCUAGCUGCAAUCGUUGCUCGCGCUGAUACCGAAAUCGUCAACUUCCAUCUACCCUUGUCGAAGGAUACGACCGUCUAUCCUCCUCUAGAUACUGUCAUUCAUACGAUAUCACCUUUCGAGACAGUAAAUCUCAAUCUCACAGACAUCUCUCCCGAACAAUGGUUUUCGCUCGAUUGGAAAGAUCAGCAAGACAAGUACAGAAGCUGGACUCUGCGUGCCUCUUGGCCUGCAUCUUCCCCAACCCGCAUCCAAAUCCUCCCACCCCACUCCCCCGGCUUUCUCCUCAUCCACGCCUCUCCCCUCUCCCCCCGCUUUCCUUACCACCCUCCUCUCUCUCAAUACCUCCCCUCAUUCCUCCGACCCCUCUUCACCUUCCUCACCUGGGCCACCCAGCCGGUGCCUGCGGAGAGAAAGCUCGAUACUGAAUUCGAAACACCCCUUCACCUGACGCUGGAACCGCUCCUCUUGGGUGUUCUGCCGUAUACGGCAUUGCCGGCGGUGGGGUUGAUAUUGGUGGUCGUGGUGGUGGCUGGUUUGGGGGUUCCUUAUGUGAUUAAAGGGUUAGAGGGGGUUGGGAAUCGGGUAGAUGGGAGACAGCGGAAAGAGGGCGUCAAGGAAGAGUAG